UCUUCAGAGUUUAGUGGGUGCUCGGCUCGGUGCCGUUGGUUGUUUAUCGUGUUUCGUGUACAUAUUUCCAGAAUACAUCAACAUAUUGUGGUAUCAGUAGUUAGUGUAUUAGUAAACCAACUAGCAGAAAGCAGAUUAUAGACAGUAUACUCUCUCAGUAGUACCCUAAUUCAAGUUCAGUAUAGAGAGAAAUCUAAUUACGUACAGACGUCUGUCUUCCAGUUAAAUUUCGGAUUCUUUUUUUAUUUGUAAUUUGUAUCAAACAAUAAACUUAAACAAAAUGUCUGAGGUUCCGAAUGUUCUAAGCCAAUUAUUUGGAGAAAUCGAGAACAACAAGUUGCGCUACAUUGAAAAUCUUAAAAUAGCCUGCGCUAUCAAAUCCGUAUCAGCAUGGCCAGAAACUCGUCCCGAGAUCCAGAAGAUGGUUGAAUGGACAGCUGAUAAACUUCGUGGCUUGGGAACAGAGAUAAAACUUGUCGAUGUUGGGAAACAAUUGCUUCAAAAUGGUACCGAAAUUCCUUUACCAAAUGUUAUACUUGGAACUUUAGGAAAAGACCCAAAGAAAAAAACGGUCGUAGUCUAUGGACAUCUUGAUGUUCAACCAGCUCUCAAAGACGACGGUUGGAAUACUGAGCCUUUUGAAUUAACAGAAAUUGAUGGAAAGCUGUAUGCUCGUGGAGCCACAGACGACAAAGGGCCCGUACUAUGUUGGAUUCAUGCUAUUGAAGCAUAUCAGAAGUUAAAAAUUGAUCUGCCAGUCAAUAUAAAGUUUGUAUUCGAAGGUAUGGAGGAAAGUGGUAGCGAAGGUUUGGAUGAACUUCUUAUUGCUCAAAAAGAUGAUUUUCUUGCAAAUGUAGAUUUCGUAUGUAUUUCGGAUAAUUAUUGGUUGGGUAAAAACCGUCCAUGUUUGACUUAUGGUCUAAGAGGAAUUGCGUAUUAUAACAUUGAAGUAGAAUGUGCAGUGAAAGAUCUACAUAGUGGAGUAUUUGGGGGAACUGUUCAUGAAGCAAUGCCUGAUUUAAUCUACCUCAUGAAUACUUUGACUGAUAAUAAUGGCAAAAUCCUAAUACCUGGAAUUUAUAAGGAUGUGGCUCCUUUAUUGGAAAAUGAAGACGAAAUCUACAAAAACAUUGAUUACGAUGUGAACGACUACAGGAGUGACAUUGGAGCCAACAAAUUACCUCACAAAGAAGAUAAAACACAACUGUUAAUGCACAGGUGGCGUUAUCCUAGUUUAUCAGUUCACGGAAUUGAGGGUGCCUUUUACGAACACGGUCAGAAAACAGUCAUCCCAGCGAAGGUUAUCGGUAAAUUUUCAAUGCGAUUGGUGCCAAAUCAAGAACCAGAACAGGUCACCCAAUGUGUAAUUGAUUACCUAAAUGCCAAAUGGGCUGAGCGAGGAUCACCGAAUAAUUUUAAAGUUGAAUUGGUUGGUGCUGGAAAGCCGUGGACCGAGAACCCACAUCACCCUCAUUAUGAGGCUGCAAAAAAAGCUGUCAAACAUGUAUUCAAUGUUGAACCUGAUAUGACCCGCGAAGGUGGUUCGAUUCCGGUUACACUGACAUUGCAAGAGGCAACUGGAAAAAAUGUUAUCUUAAUCCCAGUUGGAGCAAGUGAUGAUGGUGCUCACUCACAGAAUGAAAAAAUUGAUAUUCGUAAUUAUGUAGAAGGAACAAAACUUUUGGGCGCAUAUCUUUAUGAAAUUGGUUCAAUAAACUAAAAGCUUCAUAAUGAUUUAAAACAAAAAAAAAAAAAUACGCAAGCUUCACAAUAACAUUUUAUAUUUUAUAAAUAAUAAAAAAAAAAUUAAUUUGUCCAA